AUGCGUUUCACAACCAUUUCCACCACCGUCGCUGUUCUGAGCGGUCUCGGCGUUGCCCAUCCCGGCGGCCACGAUAGCAUGACCAACUCGGAGCUACUAGCCAAACGCUCUAUGUACGAGAACGCUAAGCGCGGUCUGUCUGCCUGCUCCUCUAAACUGGCUGCCAGCGGCCUUGAGCGCCGUGCAAUUGAGCGUCGUAAUGCCAUCGUCGCCGAGCUUCAGGCCAAGAAAAAGCUCAAGCGUGAUGAGGCCACCGUCCUCGCAACCGACCACAACCGAACUGCCGACGGCAUUACCCUCGAUACCCCAGAGUCCGAGCUCUUUGCCAGCAACGGAACUUGUGUGAUCAAUCCUGUCUCUGAGUUUGGUCCCUUCUGGGUCAAGGGCGAGUAUGUCCGCAGUGAGCUCGUUGAGGACCAGCCUGGUGUUCCCGUCAUCAUUGAUGGACAGUUUCUGAAUGCCGAGACCUGCGAGCCUAUUGAGGGUCUGUACUGGGAUAUCUGGAACUGCAACUCCACUGGUGUCUACUCCGGUGUCUACGCAUCCAACAAUGGUGCCGGUCUUGCCGACCCAGGUAACAUCAACACCACUUUUCUCCGGGGUAUCCAGGAAACCGACUCCGACGGUGUCGCUCAGUUCAGCACUCUCUUCCCCGGUCACUACGAUGGCCGCGCCACCCAUACCCAUGUCAUCGCUCACAUUGAUGCCACUCAGCUCGAGAACGGCACCAUCACAGGUGGCAACGCUGCUUUUGUUGGCCACCUCUUCUGGGACCAGCAGCUGAUUUACGACAUUGAGGCUCUAUCCCCUUACAAUGAGAACACGAUCUCCAUCACUGACAACGCAGAUGACUCCAUCUUCCCCAACGAGGCCGCCACUAUCGACCCUGUCUUCAACUAUGUGCAGCUUGGCGACGAUCUUCAGGAUGGACUUUUCGCCUGGAUCACGAUCGCCAUCAACGUUACCGCCAGCUACGCUGAGAGCUACAGCUUCGAGCUGACUGAGGAUGGUGGUGAGGCUGUCACUGCUGGCGACGACAUCAGUGGUGGUGGCGCCGGCGGUGGCGGCAGCGCUCCUUCGGGCUCUGCGGGCGCUGCGCCCAGCGGCACUGGAGCUCCAUCUAAGUGUUAA